AUGGCUGGCAAAGAUCCCAUCCCAUCUCCUGCCCAGGGCGUGGGUCCCAUAUAUCGACCGGAUGGCGAGAAACCCACUGCGACGGUCUCCAAAGAGGUCUCUUACGAGAAUGUCCAUGUCCUCUCCCAGACACCACAGCUGAUUGCUCUCUUGACGAUGAUCCGCGACCAACGGACAACGCGUGCGGACUUCAUCUUUUACUCCAACCGAAUCAUUCGAUUGUUGGUAGAGGAGGGACUGAACCACCUUCCGGUAGUGGAACAGUCUGUAACGACCCCGGUCGGAAGGGCGUACUUGGGCGUGAAGUUUGAGGGCAAAAUCUGUGGUGUUUCUAUCAUGAGAGCCGGAGAGGCUAUGGAGCAGGGCCUACGAGAUUGUUGUCGGUCAGUUCGUAUUGGCAAGAUCCUGAUCCAGCGAGAUGAAGAAACUUGCAUGCCAAAGCUUUUCUACGAUAAGCUGCCCACUGACAUUGCUGACCGAUGGGUUCUCCUUCUGGACCCCAUGUUUGCUACGGGCGGUUCUGCUACACUAGCUGUCGAGGUAUUGAAGCAAAGGGGCGUGCCUGAGCACCGGAUCCUAUUCCUCAAUUUGAUUGCCAGCCCCUCUGGCGUGGCAGAAUUCGCCGAAAGGUUCCCUAAACUUCGGGUCGUGACGGCCUUCAUUGACCAGGGACUGGACGACAAAAAGUACAUCAUUCCCGGUCUGGGUGAUUUUGGUGACCGAUACUAUACAUUGUAG